UUAUCAGUUGUCACUCUUUCUUUCUCCUCUUCCCUCAAUAAUUCUUCCCACUACCUUAGUUUAUAUAUACCCUUUUCGUCACCAAUAAGUUAUUGUCUCAUCAAAAUAAAUCAUAUAAAUUAAAUCAAUUAGAGUAAAGACUAUUUAUAGAAGGGCAUAAAGUGUUUUGUUACUAUAAAUAGGACAAAGUAAUUAAGCAAGAGUAGUGGAAUUAGAACGAUACAAACAAGACUAGAAUAACUCUUGAGCAGAAGAAUUAAGAGACAUAAUGGGAGUUCAAGGAAUUUUGGAGUAUUUCUCAGAUUUGAUAAGGAGUGCUAAGAAAGGAAAGAAAAGGAAGCAAUUAAACACGAUUAAUCUCAAGAUUACAAGAAUUGAUUGUGAGGGUUGUGCUAUGAAAAUCAAGAAAGCGCUCUCUGGACUCAAAGGGGUGAAAUCAGUGAAUGUGGAUAUGAAACAACAGAAGGUGACAGUGACAGGAUUUGUGGAAGCAAAGAAAGUGUUGGAAGCAGCAAAAUCAACAAAGAAGAAGGUUGAGUUAUGGCCAUAUGUCCCUUACACUAUGGUUGCACACCCUUAUAUUGCUGGUGCUUAUGACAAAAAAGCCCCUCCUAAUUUUGUAAGGAAAGUUGAUGAUUCUAUGACUCCUUUGGAACAACAAUAUACACACAUGUUUAGUGAUGAAAAUCCUGAUGCUUGCUCUAUUAUGUAAUCUUUUUUUUUUUUAAUAUCACAUUUGUACGUAGUUUAUGCAAUGUGCAUGUUUGUUUUGUAUAAAUUUGUGCUAUUGUAUUUGUAGAUACGUGUAAGAGAGUAGGGAAUAUCAAAUAUGUUGGCUCGCUUCUAAUUUUAAGGCA